AUGGCGGAAGCAGUUGUUUCUGCUCUAAUGGAAGUUCUCUUCCAAAAGAUAGCUUCCCAAAUUUUCGAAAAAAAUGGACUGCUAGGUGGUAGUACAAAGAAAGAGAUGUUAAAUCUGCAGAGCACAUUAUCAACAAUUCAAGCUGUCCUGCAAGAUGCUGAGGACAGACAAAUGAAAGAAAAAGCUUUGAAGAACUGGCUGGUAAAGCUCAAAGACAGUGUUUAUGAAGCAGAUGAUUUGUUGGAUGAUUACCUGACUGAGUUGCUAUGCCAUAAGGUAAUUCUUGAUGACUGGAAAGCCUGUUAUUGUGUUUCCUAUGCUGUCACUUCUCUUUAUACGAAUGGUAUGUCACUUUGUUCGGGUUAUCGUAUGAAGUUGAAACUAAAAGAAAUUGGAGAAAAGUUAGAACUGGUAGCAAAUGAGAGAGCCAAAUUCCAUUUUAAGGAUGUUGUUCAUCAAAAAGGCUUUUCUUUUGUGAGCAUUGUUGGAAUUGGAGGAAUUGAGAAGACAACAGUUGCAAAAUUGGUUUACAAUGAUGCUGUUGUGGAGAAUAGUUUUGAUACAAGAAUAUGGGUUUGUGUCUCAGUAAUUUUUGCUUGUCCUAGAUGA